AUGAGAUCUCCUCUCAUAGAGGACCCUUUGGUCUGUUCUCCUGAUACUCUGCAUCCAGGAAAUAUUUUGUUAGAUGCUAGAGAUAUGGGUUUAAGGAACAGUGCUGGUCCACAAAAGCAUCAAGCAGUAAUGACAAGUGCUGAUCAAGCAGUUUUCUAUAGGUGUCGUAUUGAUGCAUAUCACGAUACUCUCUAUGCUUAUUCCAACUGUCAAUUCUACAGAGAAUGUAACAUCAAUGGCACAGUUGAUUUCAUCUUUGGCAAUUCUACAGUUGUGAUCCAAAACUGUAAUAUUAGGCCAAAGUUACCAAUGGCAGCGCGAUCUUCCUCAGAUGGCAGCGCGGUAGUCGGGGAAACAAAUGAUGCUCCACUUGAAACUGCAGGUCAGCGUGAAACCAGUCCAUCCAAGCAGAACAACUGA